UAUAAGCUUGCAACGUCCUCUCGACCUCUCAGCCCACUUUAUUUGUUUGAGCAUGAAUAUUCAUGCUCUUCUUGCCGUAAAAUUAAUAUCAUCUAUUUUACCCCUUCUUUUGUAAUCUGGCAGGACUCUAAAACUAGUUGGACUACAAACAGGUGGUGGCUAAGAAUUCUCAUCCUCGCCAUUUGUUGACCAUGGUUUUCUAAAUCAAUCUAACCACUUCCAAUGCAUUCACUUAAACUUUCUACUAGUAAGAGCCAUCGGUUCUUCACUUCUUCUUCUAAAAUACCUUCUGUGGUUCCAUGGGUCUCCCCCUAUGUAAGAGCCAAAUCCCCAAGACCAGACCCUCCAACAGAACCGUCAGGCAUUAUGACAGAAGUCCCAAAGAAACCCAAAUACAUUUCCCAUGAAUCGGCUAUCAAAUUGAUCAAACGCGAAAAAGAUCCACAUCGCGUCCUUAGGUUAUUUAACAUGGUAGGUAAUCAAAGGGGUUUUAAUCAUAACCACUCUACUUAUGCUGUUACCCUCCAAAAGCUCGCUCGCUAUAGGAAAUUCGAGGAUGUUGAUUCUGUUCUUCAUCAAAUGGUCUACGAAACAUGCAAAUUCCAUGAAAGUAUAUUCCUUGAUCUGAUGACACAUUUUUCAAAAUCUUCACUUCAUAAAAGGGUUGUAGAGAUGUUCAAUGCAAUACAACCUAUUGUUCGUGAAAAGCCCUCCCUGAAAGCUAUCAGUACAUGUCUUAAUCUCUUGGUUGAGUCGAAUCAAGCUGAUUUGGCGAGAACUUUCCUCUUACAUACGAAAAAGACUCUUGACUUGUAUCCUAAUACCUGCAUCUUCAAUAUUUUGGUUAAACAUCACUGCAAGCAUGGAAAUGUUGAAUCUGCUUUUGAGGUAGUGAAGGAGAUGAAACUGUCGGAAGUUUCUUAUCCUAACUUGAUCACAUACUCAACUCUGAUGGAAGGUCUCUGCAAAAAAGGAAGACUUGAAGAUGCAGUUAAUCUCUUUGAAGAAAUGGUUUCAAAAGAUAAAAUAUUGCCCGAUGCCCUGACAUAUAAUAUCCUGAUCAAUGGGUUUUGUUGUGGUGGGAAAGUCGACAGGGCUGUGAAGAUAAUGGACUUCAUGAGGAAAAACGGGUGCAACCCAAAUAUAUUCAACUACUCAACCUUAAUGAAUGGGUUCUGCAAAGAAGGAAAUGUACAAGAGGCCAAGAGGGUGUUUAACGAGAUGAUAGGUGCUGGGUUACAUCCUGAUAAGGUCGGUUUUACCACUUUGAUCAAUUGCUUGUGUAGAGCUGGCAAAGUUGAUGAAGCUAUGGAGUUCUUAAAAGAAAUGGAAAAACAAAAUUGUAAAGGUGACACCAUUACUUUUAAUAUCAUACUUGUGGGACUAUGCAAAGAGGAUAGGACUUACGAAGCUCUUGAAAUGCUAGAGAGGCUGCCUUAUGAAGGUGUUUAUUUGGACAAGUCAAGUUACAGGAUUGUGUUGAAUUCUCUAUGCAAAUUAGGCGACCUGCAGAAGACAACAGAGUUGCUAGGUGUCAUGUUGAGUAGAGGAUUUGUCCCUCAUUUUGCCACCUCAAACGAGUUACUGGUUAGUCUUUGUGAAGCUGGAAUGGCCGCCGAUGCAGACAUGGUGUUGAUGGGGUUGGUGCAGAUGAGGUUCAACCCUGAACCAAGAGUGUGGAGUUAUCUUAUUGAGAUAAUGUGUAGGGAAAGAAGGUUGUUGGCUACAUUUGAACUUCUUGAUGUGCUAACGAACGAAAUCUAGAAUGGGAAAGUUUGAGAAGAUUGUAGUUUUUACUGCCUGAUAUACAAGUGAAAGUAGCAUUUGAACUUGAUGUAUUAACAUGUUGCAUCAGUGUGAUUGGUUUUUGACCAAUUGAACUUACAUGUUUGACUGCAUCAAAUCUUGAACGAAUGGUUUAAGGAUUGAACCUUUUUAAGGAUAGAAGUACCUCUUGCCACGUGUUCAUGAUUUCCGUCAUGCUUCUUCGUCCUGUAAGGCUGUACUAAUUUUCUUUGCAGGUUUCUGGUUUUUGUUCGUUUGCUAUGCUUGUGGUUUCAACAUUCUUAGGAUUGGCUCAACACUUGAGGAUAAUGAAUCAAGAUUUUGUCGAACUUAAUUGUAUCAACUGAACAAACAACCCUAAAUGGUAUAAGAUGCCAUUUUUAUCGCCAAAAACAUUCUAUACCGGAACCAAAGCUUUCAUCCAUCAACCACUUGGGUUGUGGCGCACUGGUUAAG